AACACAUUUAUUAUGAUCUUGCAAGUAAAGCUAAGCAGCCCAUGCAAUGUUUCUUCUGCAACAUAUAAAUUUACAUGAUCUGUUCAUCAUCAGCUAAUACUAUUUGCAUUGUAGAUUCUUACAUAAAUACAGGAAAAUUCUUAUUACUGUCAAUGGAGAAUGUGUGGGGAGUCAACGGGAAGAAUGGUAAGAGAAGCACUGGAAAUAUGGUAUUUGAACAUGUAGUGCCUUCUUCCUGCUGGACUGAGGAUGCUGAUUGCCACCGUUUGCUGAUUGAUCUUCCCGGAUUCAAGAAGGAAGAAGUGAUGGUUCGAGCUGAUGGUGAUGGCUAUGUAGUAGUGGUAAGCGGAGAGAGGGAGACGAACUGUAACAAAGUCGUCCGCUUUGUGGAGUCUUUUAAGGUACCUGCAGAUUCUAACAGUGAGGAAAUCAGUGCCAUUUUUGAGGAUGAAAUCUUUUACAUAACUAUACCUAAGAAGAAAGAUGUCCCGUCUGUUCGUGAAGGAAAUCAGAACAGUGUGUCUGAUCAUUCGGACAACGUUAACAGUGGUAAUGCUAAUAACAAUGCAAUUGAUCAGAGGCACCAAGGAACAACCCAAGAAGAAGAAGAAGAAGAAGAAGAAGAAUUUCAUGAUGCGGAGUUAGCACAUAAGUGGAACGAGAGCAGUCUACAUGAGAAACUAUUGAAGAAGCUAAAAGAAAACAGAAUCGUUGUCUUAACAGCUGUUUUAGCAUUUUCACUAGGAUUUCUUGCGUCUCGUUUUUGCCAGUCGAAUGCACAGGUUGAAAAAUCUGAAUGAGUUCUGGUUUUCACUGUCCUCCUUUGUUAUCAACUUCUACGGAUAUUGUCAAAACUGCACGUAGCUCAACUAUUUUUCCUAACAGAAAUCCAGAAAUCUUUCUUACAACAUUAUCCGAAACUUUGUAAUGUCUAGAAAAAACACAUAAAGAAAAACAUUUCAUUAGUAGCUACAGAAAUAUCUCAUGCGUCCCAUGAGAAAUUUACAAGCAUCAGUGCAAGAACUUUUUAUCUUACAAGGAUCAGAUUCCAAAACAACUCCACCAAUUCGUAAAGGUGAAAAUACUGCACUGAGAUCCUUUCAUUUCUCAAAUGUAAAUGAGGAAGAAGCUUCUUGUUAAUGUGUCUAAAGUGUGUGAAGAAAAUAUUACAUGCCCGAAAUGUAGUAAAUGUAUGCUUCAAGCCAGAAAAGAAUCAAAGAAUAAUAGACACAUUAUAUGUGGUCUGAACAGGAAACUAUAAAGGCAGAUUAGGUAUUAUGAGUUUGUAUGAUUUCUUACUGCUAAACUCGUUGCAAGAACGCACUAAUCAGUAGUUUAUUCGUGAAUGUUCACAAAGGAAGAGUAUUAAGACAACAUCAUUAUCCAAUCAACUAAACUAUAUACUUCCCAACUGCAGAAGUCAGACAAUUUAGUGGGAAUCCAAUCACAAAACAAACAAGUUUGUGUAGUUAAGAAUUAGGCGAUUCGGACAUGUCCCAGAAAUGGUAAGAAGAUAUAGAGCCACACAAAGAGACAACUUCAUCUGCACAAUAAUCCUAGUUUUCCACAUAAUGUGAUGAAAAUAAUGAAAACUGAGUCUUGGCAGUGUUGACAAGGGAGUUGAAG